ACCUUAUCUUAGGUUUUAAUGGAGCAGUUGCUUGAGAAAUGGCGUUUUUAUCAAUAAAACAAGCUUUUAAAAAAAGCAAGGGUGCCCACUUUCCUAGCUUAAAGCUGCUACAUCUGAGCUCCAUUUCUUGCCCUACCUAUGAACUUUCAUGAAAAUCUCUGUGACUCAAGGUCUAUUUUGCAUGUGAUUUUGAUUUCUAGGAGUUUUUACCAAUCUGGGUUUAUUGGGUUUGAGCCAUCAAAUCUUUUUAUUCUUCUUUGAAGAGAUGGAGUGAAGGCAUCUGGGUCUGUGGAAUUGGACAAGGGAAUUGCAGGGUUUUUAAUGGAUGGUUUUGAGUUGCAGAUGCAUUGCAACAGAGAAGAGUUACGUUUGAACAGUGGUGUGGACAAAUAAGUUCAAAAAUUUGCAGAGAUACAGAGGAGGCAGGCCUAGAAGAAGGCUUAUUUACAGAAAGAGACGAGAGACCACAAACGUCUUCGAGUUCAAUUAGGCAUUUGCCGGCAGGAUAUCGGAAAACUCAAAAUCAACAACCCAUCAUCUUGUUUCCAUCGAAAUCUCUGUCUCCAGUUUCUCUCUCUAAGAAUCAGGUCGUAAGGGAGGAAUGCAAGUGAAGCAAAACAAAGAAGCCCCAUGAAAAUGAGACACCUUUAUCUGAGGAAAAAUAGCUUUAAGCGCCUCUUCUCUGUUUCUAUAGGCCGUAAAAGCACAGAGGAAGAAAACCCAACUGAAAAUGGCUACUCCCCUGAAGCUGAGCAACCCAAAUCCUUGGCCAUUUCUUCCGUCACAGAGACUCCUAGUAAACCCACAUGGAGAUGCUUCUCUUAUGAAGAAAUUUCUGAAGCCAGCAAUUUUUUUCAUCCUGAUAACUUGGUGGGGAAGGGGGGGUAUGCAGAGGUCUACAAAGGAGUUCUAAAAGAUGGGCAAGUGAUUGCUGUGAAAAGAUUGACCAAAGCUUCGAGUGAUGAACAAAAAGAGAAAGAGUUCUUAACAGAGCUUGGAACAAUCGGCCACGUUCGCCACCCCAACGUUUCCUCUCUUAUCGGUUGCUGCAUCGACAAUGGUCUCCAUUUGAUCUUUGAGUUCUCAGCUCAUGGUUGUGUCUCUACUCUUCUCCAUGAUGAAAAUUUACCUGUGAUGGAAUGGAGGAUAAGGUAUAAGGUGGCUAUAGGAACAGCGAGAGGCCUCCACUACUUGCACAAAGGUUGUCAGAGAAGAAUAAUACACAGAGAUAUCAAGGCUUCGAAUGUUCUUCUCACAGCCGAUUUUGAGCCACAAAUUUCAGACUUCGGAUUAGCGAAAUGGCUCCCCUCUCAGUGGACCCAUCAUUCUGUUACUCCCAUAGAAGGCACUUUUGGGUACUUAGCACCCGAGUAUUUCAUGCAAGGGAUUGUGGAUGAAAAGACCGAUGUCUUUGCAUACGGUGUGUUUCUAUUGGAAGUCAUCUCUGGUCGAAAACCUGUCAAUGGGUCUCAGCUUAAUUUACUUAACUGGGCCAAGCCUUAUUUGGAAGCUGGGGAUAUUCAUAGUUUGGCAGAUCCAAGGCUUCAAGGUCAAUAUGAUGUUCAGCAAUUGGAAAUUGUGGUUCUAACUGCAUCCUUGUGCAUUAGGCCUUCUGCCAUCUGGAGGCCAUCCAUGAGUGAGGUAUUGCAAUUGUUGUUGGAAGGUGAGAUUCAUGAAAGUUGGAAGAUGCCUGAGCCAGAGCAAGAGGAUGACUUUUGGGGAUUUGACGAUCUCGAAUGUGACAGUCCCUUCUUGACUCCACCUCGCACUCCAACAAGUAGCUGAGAGAAAAUUUACCUUAUAUCAAUUUCUCACCUGUGUAUAAAAUAGUCCUGUCUCUUUCAUUCCCCCUUGUUCUCCCAUUGUUUUUUGUCAUUUACAAUGGGACUGUUUGGAUCUCCCCUACAUUGGUCCAACUUAAAGCCUCAAACCUAAUAUUUUCUAAAAUUUCAGUCCCAAAACACUAUUAUACCAUGUAUCUGUACAUAGAAUGAAUGUGAUUCCAUCACCUUAAUCAACCCGCGCUUCUUUUCUUUUUGC